AUGAUCUCCAACCUCUUCAAAGCGAUGCCUCCUCGGGCCGCCUUCGCCUCCAUGAAGCGACCUGUUCAGGCUCGCUUCAUGGCCACUGUGCGUCAGCGUGCCGCUAUGGAACCUGCUACCUUCACCAUCCGUGAUGGUCCAAUGUUCUCUGGCAAGUCUUUCGGUGCCCGCUCCAACAUUUCUGGCGAGGCUGUCUUCACUACCUCCCUGGUUGGAUACCCCGAAUCCUUGACCGAUCCUUCAUACCGUGGCCAGAUCCUGGUUUUCACCCAGCCUCUGAUCGGCAACUACGGUGUUCCUUCCGCUGAGAAAGAUCCCAAUGGACUUUUGAAGUACUUCGAGUCCCCCAAUCUCCAGGCAGCUGGUGUUGUUGUCGCCGAUGUCGCCGAACAAUACAGUCACUGGACCGCUGUCCAGAGCCUGGGCGAGUGGUGUGCUCGUGAAGGUGUUCCUGCCAUCUCUGGUGUCGAUACUCGUGCUAUUGUCACCUAUUUGCGUGAGCAAGGCUCUUCUCUCGCCCGUAUCACUGUUGGCGAAGAGUACGACGCCAACGAGGAUGAGGCUUUCACUGACCCUGAGCAAAUCCACUUGGUGCGCCAGGUCAGCACCAAGCAGCCCUUCCACAUUGCUGCUGCUGAUCCUAACUCCCACGUUGCUGUCAUCGACUGUGGUGUGAAGGAGAACAUUCUCCGCAGCUUGGUCGGCCGUGGUUCCAGCAUCACUGUCUUCCCCUUCGACUACCCCAUCCACAAGGUCGCCCACCACUUUGAUGGUGUCUUCAUCUCCAACGGCCCCGGUGACCCAACUCACUGCCAGGACACUGUCUACCACCUCAAGCGUUUGAUGGAGACCUCUCAGAUUCCUAUCUUCGGUAUCUGUCUGGGUCACCAGCUCCUGGCUCUGGCUGCUGGUGCCAGCACCAUCAAGCUGAAGUACGGAAACCGGGCUCACAACAUUCCCGCUCUUGACCUUAGCACCGGUCGCUGCCACAUCACUAGCCAGAACCACGGUUACGCCGUUGAUGCUUCGACCCUUCCCUCGGACUGGAAGCCUUACUUCAUCAAUCUGAACGACCAGAGCAACGAAGGCAUGAUCCACAAGUCUCGCCCUAUCUUCAGUACCCAGUUCCACCCUGAGGCCAAGGGAGGUCCUCUCGACUCAUCCUACCUCUUCGACAUCUACUUGGACUCUGUGCUCAAGUACAAGAACAACCAGGCUGGCCUUUUCCCCGAGCGGGACAGCCGUCCCAGCCCUAUGUUGGUUGACCUGCUCGCCAAGGAGCGUGUGGGUGUCCAACCCACCAUCGGCCAGCAGAACGUGAUUGCCGCUGCUGCCCUUGCCGCUGCUGCUUAA